AUUGGAUAUAGUGUAGGUAGGAAUAAAAAUGUAUUUUUGCAUUCAGAUUUACUCCAAAACAAGUGAAAAUAACUUGUACCCACUUCAUUCUGCUACUUUUAAAGCCUACAGCACAAUUGAUUACAAAAAUCACCGUGUUUAAUAGCAUUUUAUUGAGGAGAAGGCAGGAAAAAAACACAGGAAAAAGAUCUAAAAAUCACAUACCUGUCAACAAAAUAGCAGGAUAAGUUAUCACUAAACAAAGACAUAUGAGUACAAUACGAUAUGCAAACGAUAGUCUGAAGAACAAAUUCAGCCAAUAGUAAGGAAAAGACAUACAGGGUUAGUGAGAAUUCAAGGUGAAAUCAAAGUGAAUUUCAAGGUGAAAUUAUCCAAACUGCGAAAAUUCUCAAAAUCAGCUAUUCUUUCAGUUUGGCUCUGUGGCCUUAAAUUUUAAAUUUAGUCCUUGCAUUCUGUAUACGUUUUAAAAUAAUGCCAAAUUAGCACCAAAUUUCUGUAUGAUUUCAGUAGAUUUUCUUAAGUAGUGCAUUGUGUGUGCACAAACCAGGACCUUCUUGGGAGAUAUUUUUGGAGGGGUAAGUCUAUGGCUUUUUUUUUGCCAGGAGCGCUGCUAGGUUCCAGAAACACCUGGGGUGGUAUGGUGGGAGGUAUUGGAUGAGGGGAUGGGGCCUUGUCCCCUGAUAUGAUGUCUUGAAUGAUGGUGGCAUAGAAAAUAAUAUUAAUGGCACCAUUUAUGUCACUGCUGCUGUGUCUGGCUAUGAAUGGUGGUUUUCAUGCAGGUCUGAUUGUAUAUCUGAUGAUUUAACUAAGAAGAACGAUAGCUGUCCAUAAGCAGAGCACUGCUGACAUAGUGUGGAUAAUGUCAUGGAAUUCUUAGAUCGAGCAACACAUGCGCUUUUUAACAAGUUCCACACCUUCUAACAUUUUAAACGGACAAAGAAGGACACUUUAAGUUAAGGGGUGUGAUGGGGGUGUGACUGGGGUGUGGCCAGGGCUGGGACUUCUCUGAGAAAUUUUUGUUUGGUUAAUACAGUAUAUACUCGAGUAUAAGUCUAGUUUUUCAGCACAUUUUUUGUGCUUAAAAACCCCCACUCGACUUAUACUCGAGUCACUGUCUGUAUUAUGGCAACUUAGAGAGCCGCGGCAAUCAGAGCCAUGGCAACGAUCCGCACGGCAACCAGACCGCGAGACUUACAGUGGAGCUGACCGGAACGGAGGAGAAGGGAGCUGACAGGAGCUGCAGGAAAGGUAAGUAAAUGCCUCCUGCCGGCUCCCCUCCUACACAGCCCAUGCCACUGGACCACCAGGGAUUAAGAUAGCCCCCCUCCCUGACCAGUUAACAAGCAGGGAGGGGGGGACAAAAACAAUUAAAAUAAAAUAAAAAAUUUUAAAUAAUAAAAAUGCCCUCCCCCCACCCAGUUCACACACACUACCCAAACACACACUCUGCAUUAUAUACACACACACACUCAUACAAACACACACUCUGCAUUAUAUACACAGUGUGUGUAUAUAAUGCAGAGUGUGUGUUUGUAUGAGUGUGUGUGUGUAUAUAAUGCAGAGUGUGUGUUUGUAUGAGUGUGUGUGUGUGUAUAUAAUGCAGAGUGUGUGUUUGUAUGAGUGUGUGUGUGUAUAUAAUGCAGAGUGUGUGUUUGUAUGAGUGUGUGUAUAUAAUGCAGUGUGUGUUUGUAUGAGUGUGUGUGUGUAUAUAAUGCAUAGUGUGUGUUUGUAUGAGUGUGUGUGUAUAUAUAAUGCAGUGUGUGUUUGUAUAAGUGUGUGUGUAUAUAAUGCAGAGUGUGUGUUUGUAUAAGUGUGUGUGUAUAUAAUGCAGAGUGUGUGUAUAUAAUUAUAAAAAUCACAGAAUUUCAUAGCCCCAAGUUUUACCCUCGACUUAUCCACGAGGCAAAGCAUAUUUCACAAUUGUUGGUCACAAAACUGCACUCGACUUAUACAUGAGAUCGACUUAUACACGAGUAUAUACGGUAAUAAUUAUUUAUGCAACGAAAAUGUCAUUUGAAACGUAAACAACGUAUCUUACUUACAGAGACUGAUUUCUAAACAUUGUUAUUGUAGUUUAAAAACACAUUACUGGGAGUAUUGCUGUGGAGCUCUGUUAUACACUCAGACACAUUACUGGGAGUAUUAUUGCUGUGGGGCUCUGUUAUACACUCAGACACAUUACUGGGAGUAUUAUUGCUGUAGAGCUCUGUCAUACACUCAGACACAUUACUGGGAGUAUUAUUGCUGUGGAGCUCUGCUAUACACUCAGACACAUUACUGGGAGUAUUAUUGUUGUGGGGCUCUGUUAUACACUCAGACACAUUACUGGGAGUAUUAUUGCUGUGGAGCUCUGCUAUACACUAAGACACAUUACUGGGAGUAUUAUUGCUGUGGAGCUCUGCUAUACACUCAGACACAUUACUGGGAGUAUUAUUGCUGUGGAGCUCUGUUAUACACUCAGACACAUUAAUGGGAGUAUUAUUGCUGUGGAGCUCUGUUAUACACUCAGACACAUUACUGGGAGUAUUAUUGCUGUGGAGCUCUGUCAUACACUCAGACACAUUACUGGGAGUAUUAUUGCUGUGGAGCUCUGUUAUACACUCAGAUACACCAACAAUAUGGAGCUCUUAGAAAAGAGGGACAUGGGGAUUUGGGACCAAAAUAGAGACUCUUCUUUCUAAAUAGGGACACUUGGGAGGUAUUAUAUUCUUCUGCUGCACGUUUCCCUGGUGCUCUCUAGACAUAUACAAAAAAUAAUCAUUUAAAGCCAUUAGUCGCAAUAAAAUUUCUGUUAAUUGUUACUGGAACGACUUGAUUUCAAAUCGCUCUCUGCUUUAGAGAUCAAUUAGAUCAACGAUUACCAGGAAUUUUAUUCGGACAAAACUAAUUUUUGCACAUUUCUACUUUUCUCAAAAGUGAAACCCCAGAGGAAAAAAACCCAGGACAUCAGGACAGCAGAACUAAAAUUAUGACUGUUCCACUAAGUUCAGAACUAUUGGUAAGUAUUCUGAAUGGGUUUCUAUGAUUUUCCUCCAAACUUUUAAUCUGUUUUGAAAUGGCAUAUUAAGUGAAAUGCCAUAACCUUUAAUAGGCGUCAGAGUCUAUACACAGACAGUCCAUACCUGCUUAAUCUUCAAAUAUUGGCCUAUAUUUUGCAAACUAACGAAAUAAAUUGUUUAUCUGUUUCUAUGUACACACCUACAUUUAUAUUCUUUGUCUGGAGCCAAAGAGAUUGAAAGUAAAGGGUUAACUGGAAUUCCCCUAGUGGCGGUUAUUAGUGACAUACACGCACACACUUAUACUCAGACCCCACCGUUAGCACAUAUUUCUAUUUAUAUUGUCAGUGUUUGUGCACACACGUACUAGUGUAAAUACUGUUUGAUUAUUUUUUAUAAAAAGUCUAACAUUUAUAAAUACAAUAAUGCCGUUAGUUUUUUCACAGUCAGUGAUCCGAAGACAAAUGGAUGAGCUCUGCAUGCCCAUGGCGUGUGAUAUGAUAGCUUUUAUGCAUUUGGAUGUGUGUAUCAUGUGGAUUAGCAGAAGGUGAAAGUGAAAGUAAUUUUUACAAUAAGUUUUAGGAACCAGACAAGAGACAAGGAGAAAUAAUAGGCAGAAGACAGAGACAGCACAGUGAGGCAGGGGCCCUGCGAGACUGCCAAGAGACAACGGGGUAAGAAAGAGAGAGAGAGGUGAAAAGAGAGUGCAUGAGAAAGGAACAAGGUAGGAGAAACAGAUAACGAUAGUAUAGUGAUAACGAUAGUGAAAGUAAGUGAAGCGAAGGCGUGACACAUAAGGAACCCCAAACGUUCUAAUAGACAGCUUCAGUUAAGCUUGCACUCUCAUCAUGCAGCCUGCACUCUCUGUAUCUCAGCCUCUGGAAGGAGGAUUCAUCUUUGAGAACUGUCUCAGGUAAGACACCCCAACCUUUAUACAACCCCCUACCCAAUAGAACCCAUUAAUGCAAUAACACUAGUGUCCCCUCUAAAUCCUGAAUGACAACAAUGAUUCUGAGGUUUAUUUAAUAAAUUGUGCAGAAUUGACAAGAGAAUUGCAAAUUGUGACCAAAAAUAGCCGAAUUGCAAACUUUACCUUCUUGUUGUUAAGCACCUCACCAAUAGGGUAGUGUCAUAAAUUGUAAUAUUUGUGGGUACUGGAGAUAGUGCUCUAAUAAUCGGCCAUUUUGAAAGUUAAUGGUUGAUAUACAUGCUUCCGUAUAGCACUGGUUGAAACGUAGCCCUGCAGGCUGUAUGCUUCAUGCAUACCCACCUUAAAAUGGUUGAUUAUGUGUCUCUAUGAUAAUAGCAAUUAAUAUCCAAAAAGUACCAAGAUAAUCCCAAUGUUAUGUAUUCUGCUAGUAAAUAAUGACACAUUACUAAGGAUUGUGAAUUUUAUGGCAUUCCGUUAUUCAAAUAUGGCUCCUGUCAUUUAUAAUUACCACGUUUAACACGUAGAAUUAUAAAUACAUGAGAACAUUGGGGUUGGGAGUAUAAAUGCAUGAACACGGAGUAAUAUUUGGCCUUUGUACUAAAAAAAAAUACUAAAAACAUAGACAGAGUAUGCUAUACAUUGAUACAUAUGAGUAUAAGAGAAAUGUGAGGAAUAGUAAGGAAUCUAAUCGUGGAGAAUAAGAAAUAAUGAUGGCUGUGAAGAACGAGCGCAGACAGUGUUUUAGAAAUAAAUUUACACCGGGCAAAAGGGGCAGUUUCCCAGGCACAAACAGACUCAACGGCAGACAGGUGCCCUUUUCCCUAGUGUACUUAUUGAAAGUGUCCUAGGUUUCCGAAAUAAAACUAAGUGUAUUUUUAAUGGCCCUUAGAUCUUCCGAUCUUAGAUUGUAGAAUAUACUGGUGUGUAGGUAGUUGACAACUGAAAUGUCAAUAAGGAACUUAGAGUGCAAUUCAUUUUUUUAUUUGGUUUCUAUCAUUUUACUGUUGGAUUAGAGCACCAGGCCAAGCACUGUUACUGCCAGUCCUUGAGAGCAAGUCGUUUGGAGUUAUAUAUUAAUAUGUAGCUGAUAUUUAGAUGGCAAAGUUGGCAUCAAGGCAGCACUUAAAGGCUGAGUGGCAGUGUGAAAAAGAAAACAGGAAUUUAACCAAACACAAUAGGCUGCCGGCACACAAGCCUGUAUUGUGAGGCAUAUCUCUGUAGUAAUCUCCUAACACUCCAACGCUGAGCAUCAAGAAGCUAUUCAAUAAGGAGACAUUUUCUAUUGUACCAGGAAUUCCUCCUUGGAAAAGCAGGGCUCCGCACUUUCCCUUCAACCCCCAAUACCGCGCAAGACUGGGACCACCAUCGCUGGACUCAUAUAUAAGGUACUGAAUGUGAGGGAAUGGUAGAUGAAUCUCCACCAAUGAAGAAAAUGCUAAAUAAUUAUCACUGCUGGAGGAAAUAAUCAUUUCAUCUAUAUAAUAAAUGCACAUUUUAGUGAUUAAUCUUCCAGUUCUCACUGCUAAUUAUUUGUCCUCCUCUAAAAAGUGUAAUUGCUUGUUUUUGUAUAAUCCACAGUUUAUUGUGAUUGAUAUUUCUUUGUGCUCAGGAUGGGGUCAUACUUGGAGCUGACAGAAGAGCUACUGAUGAUAUGGUCGUGGCCGAUAAAAACUGUGACAAGAUUCAUUUCAUCACCGACAAAAUAUAGUGAGUUCUGUCACCAAUUUCUCAGCCUAUCUGUAGAUCUAUCGACCUCCUUACUAGUCUGUGUGUUCCAUCAUUAGACGUGUAACCAAGGACAAUGUCCAUAUGUUUUGGGUGCUUGGGGUACAUUGAGCCACUGUGAGCUCACACUGAGAAUUCCUUACUCCUUUAUCCUCUUUUCUCCAAUGAAUGCAUAGAUUGCAGUAAAUACAGAUACAAUACAAACUAGAGUAUGUGGCGAGGGAUUAGCAAAAAAGGGUCUUUCUGUUCUUCCCCCACGAUCAGGGUAAUAAAGACACAGGGAAACUGGGCACCUUGGGACUCAGUAUAGCAGAACACCGAGUUCAGCCGACUCCAACAACCCCCACAUUUCCCCGAUCUCAAUUCAACUGAGCUAGAUAGGACAACUAAUGGAGAAUAUGGAAUGCAUAUAAUCCCACAGGGUUAUUCACUAAACAAUUGCCAGGAAUUCAACGUGAACUGCAAAUUGUAGGCAAAAGUAGCUGAACGGAACACAUAGCUGACUUAUUCCAAUUUAGCUGUUUUUACCUCAAAGUUUACUCUGAAUGUCAUACAAUUCACAUUUUAUUGAAUAGCCCUGAAUGUCUACAGUUAUUAUCUAUUUACAUUCUAUUUAUCUUACUUCCACUGCAUUGUAUCGUUCACUUUAAUCUACAUCAAUGCACCAAUCUCUUCCUUCUACUGCGAUUAAAUAACUAAAUCACUGACUGUACUCCACUAGCUGCUGUGGAGCUGGGGUGGCGGCAGACGCAGAAUACGUGACUCGACUUCUGUCCUCAAAGCUGCAUCUCCACGCAAUGUCUACAAAUCGAGAACCACGAGUGUGCACUGCUAACAGGCUGCUGAAACAGAUGCUUUACAGGUGAGGCCACACGUGUGAACAGCUACCUAAUAUCAUACUGGUAAAGACAUACGUGUGACCUGUUAGCUAUUAGCAUACUGGUAAAGCCACAUGUGUGACCUGUUAGCUGAGAACAUACUAAUAAGGCCACACGUGUGACCUGUUAGCUGAUAACAUACUGGUAAGGACACACAUGUGGACUGCUAGCUGAUAGCAUACUGAUAAGGCCACACGUGUGAACUGCUAGCUGAUAAUAUACUAGUAGGGCCACACGUGUGAACUGCUAAAUGAUAGCAUACUGGUAAGGCCACACGUGUGAACUGCUAGCUGAUAACAUAUUGGUAACAUCUCCACAUGUGUCCUGUUAGCUGAUAACAUACUGGUAAGGCCACACGUGUGAACGGUUAGCUGAUAACAUACUGGUAACAUCUCCACGUGUGUCCUGUUAGCUGAUAACAUACUAUACUGUACAGGUGAGGGAUGUGUCCUUGCACUGUUAGUGGGUAUUACACUAGUGAAGACAAUGUGUCAUCUUUAGUUGAUGAUAUAGAGGCCAGGACAAUCAGAGUAAAAGCUGGCUAACAUUCAGGGUAUAUUAAGCAAGAGACAUAAAGCUUGAGUAAGAUUUUACUAAAGUGGUCAUCCAUCAGCCGCAUAAUGAUAAAAUCAGGAGAUAAGAGAAACAGAAGGAAAGGUGCAGAAUGUGUGUAAAAUACCUGAAUUAGCGAGAGAAGGAGAGAAAGAGGUAGAAGACAAUGGGAAAUCCCAGCUAAAAAAAAAAAAAAUGAGUGAGAGGGAACUGCAGUAAGAAGGUGCAGAUCAUUAAAUAAAAAUUGAAAAGUGUGACAGUAAACAUCUUAACAUCUUACUUGUGCUUCCAAAUAUUUCAGAUACCAUGGUCACAUCGGAGCAUCUGUCAUUAUAGGCGGUGUGGAUUUCCGCGGCCCACAUCUGUACAGUGUACAUCCUCACGGCUCUACAGACACCACCCCACACACUGCACUGGGUGAGCAAGUCUUUCUAUUACCAUUGGACCAUCUAAUGACCAGUCAUAGUACAUAUAAACCACGCAUAGAGCCUGGAUGGCUGAAUCCUAGUCUAGGGAAUAGUCUAGUUUAAUGGCCCAACAAUGAGUUGUCUGAAGUAUUUUUUCUACAUAAUAAUCAAACGUCACAGCAGUCUGAAUGAAUAUUUCCAGCUCACACACCUACUCUGCUGUGUAUUACAUUGUUUGAGAUAAUAGUACAUACCUGAGAAGUACAGACGACCAGAACAGGAGAGAGGAUCCAGCCAAUCAAAUGUACCUGAUUCCAUGUGGCCAUACUUGAAACUGCAGGCAAAAUAAAACAAUUAAAAACAUUUACUUUGAAGGGUAGUAAACAUGGUAUUCUACUAAUUUCCUAUUUAUAAGCACAUGCUUUAUUCUUAAAGGAACAUCGUAGGCACUGUAUCUGCUUCAUCUAAUUAAUCUGGUUGUAGUGUCUGGAGUUCCCUGUUGCCAUCAUUUCAUUCAGCAUUAAACAGUUUUGAAUGUUUAAAUAUUUUAAUACUAAACGAGAGACUCCAGCAGCCCAUCCCUUCUGUGUUGCUUUGGAAAAUGAGGAAGUGGAGCAGUUCGCAGCUGUGAUUGGCUGAAAGUGUCAGGUGAGUGCUUUUAGCCUACCAGAACUCUCAUUGACGGUAUGAAUGGGUAUGACUACAAGGAAGUGUGAAGCCUUAGCCACACCUCUACAAGAGGACGGAAUGUGGCUGGUCAGGGAUCCUUAUUUAGUCAAACAUGGUUUAUGGAUGGAGGGACAGUGCUAAGGGACUCCAGGCACUAUAACCAAUUCAAAGAGAUGAAAUGGGUAUAGUGACUAUAGUGACCCUUUAAGCUUGUUUCAGGCUGAGGACAGCAGUGUGUUGUUCUUAACUGUUCGAGUGUAAAAACCUCCACCACCCCAGCAACCUCCACCACCCGCCUAAAACUCUUUUUGUGAUAUCUCACACUAAUCUGCCACCAUGACUGGUCCCUCAAUCUCAGCCAUUAACUACUGAUUGCAUCUUUGUUCACCAGGAUCAGGAGCGGCUCAAGCUACCGCUUUGUUUGAAGAUCGCUACAAACCAAACAUGGAGGUGAGAGCUGGGAUUCUUUGUGUGUGUGCUUCAGAAAUAUUAUAUAUAGAAAUCCUGCUGAUUGUUUGGAGGUUAAAAUCAGCUGAAUCUCUGCUUGCUUUUUCGGCUUUCACAAACAGCCUAAAUGUAACCAGAUCCCCUUAAUUUGUUGGAUCCCAUUUCCCUGUUUCAAACCAGGAGAAUAAGUCUUAAACAAUAUAAUGAUAGUCAUUAUAAUACUAUCUUCACCCCCACUUACUCUAAUUAGUACCUCAAACCCCAAAUCCCACCCUUCAUCAAACCUAGUGUUACCUUAGUGACACCUCUUAUUUGCUAAUAUCACAGACUUUCAUUUGCCAUUCUGUUACGUAUGGCUGGAGCUAUUUCACAGAAAUCUCACAACAAUGAGAUCCAUUUGAAAAGAGCUGGGACCCAUUCAGCUCAAUGUUGUUUGAAUUAGAUCAAUAGAGAAUAAGGAAAUGAAAAUAAAGAUCGUCCAAAAGCAGACUGUGUCGGAUCAAAACUGGGCAACGUUUCGACUCUACAAUAGAGUUUCUCAAGCCAUGUGUAUUUCUACUAAACAGAGAAAACAGUCAAACCAAAGAAAAGAGUUACUUGCUGUGGCAGUCCAGCCCUCUCUGACCGUCUUGGGUUCCCUUUCUCCUAGUAAUUAGCGAAUAAUCCUUCCAGGCAGAGUGUAGACACAAGCAUAGCACAACCCCUCACACAUGAGCCGAGGUUUAAUGCUGGGUAGAGAUCUGUUUAAUGGCACUCAAAGCAACAGUAUUCAUGCAGUAAUACCACUCCUCCUCUGAGGAAAACAAAAUGACAGUUAUUGGGUCAGACAGAGUUUGAAUGUGACAGUUAUUGGGUCAGACGGUGUUUGAAUGUGACAGUUAUUGGGUCAGACAGUGUUGGAAUGUGACAGUUAUUGGGUCAGAUGGUGUUUGAAUGUAACAAGGUAUUAAGGGUUUAACUGGUGUUCUAGGAGGGGGGGGAGGGGAAUAAAACAGUCGAACUAAGUCCAUAAAACAGGGGUUUUCUUCACACACCCCAAGGUCCAUAGUCACAGGGCAGGAGGCUGGCAAGCAAGCCUCUCCAAAACCCAGUGGCGAGGUUACUUUGCCACAUUUCGCCCCCUCCCAGGGAAGACUAACCAGGUACCUGACCUCACGCCAGUCGGUACCUGAGUUAGUCUGGCAGCCCACCCACAACCAAAUACUGGACCUGGUGAAUUUGGUAGCCUGUCUCUGUCCAGUGAGUCCAUCAAUGUUGUGUUGGUAUCUGGUACUCCUGGUCUCUGGGUGGCCCUACUGGCUUGCAGUGGAGGUUGCUUGGGGGGCAGAGAUCAGCGGUGCUCUGCCCUCGGGCCAGCGCUUCAGCUCGGUAAACCGGUUGACAGUCCUGCCCUGUAACAACGGGAUAGGUAGGGCAGAGGCCAGCGCUUCUGCUGGAGGGGGGUCAGUGGGUAUCGCAGACUCAUGCACUGCCCCCAGGACUCGGUUGGAAAUUAGCUGGGAAGAGGAGGGCUCGCUUACCUCCUCCUGGUAUUCCUGCGAGGAUGGUUGGGGAUCUGGACCGGCCGUCCAGCGUCCCUGUAGAAUUCGCACAGAGACUGCGGUCCCAUCUGCGCUGGUGGGGUUAGGGUUGCUUUCCCCCUGUAGUUGCAGUGAGGGACCAGUUGUACUCUCUCUCCCGGUACCUCCGGCUGCUGUUGGAAGGUGAGGCCGGUUGCCUCCACUCCCCAGGGCGCUGGUUGCUGUAGGAUAGAGGAAUCGACCAUCUCCUCCUCCUGGAACUCAGGCCACCGCUGGGGAGAGAGACCGAUUGUCUCCUCUCUCUGUAACUCCAGCUACCGCUGGGGAUCUGGGCCAGCGGCCCAGCAUCCCUGUAGGGCCAGUAGAGAAACCUCGGUCCCAUCUCCACCUGCCAUCUGUGGGUCUUCCCAGAACCAGUCUAUGAGACCCGCCAGGACUUGGGCAUGAGUACCACCCGCCCCCUCUCUCUGUAACUCUGGCUGCAGCUGGGGAUCUGGGCCAGCUGCCCAGCAUCCCUGUAGGGCCAGUAGAGAGACCUCGGUUCCAUCUCCACCUGCCAUCUGUGGGUCUUCCCAGAACCAGUCUAUGAGGUCCCUCAACAUUUGAGAAUAAGGAUCACCUGCCUCCACACCCGGUAACUCCGGCCACUGCUGGGGAUCUGAGCCGGCUGCCCAGCAUCCCAGUGGAGAGACCUCGGUCCCAUCUCCACCUGCCUGUUGGGGUUCCUCCCAGGACCAGUCUAUGAGGUCUGCUACCUCUGAUACCUGUGGUUGCUGUUGGGGAGGGAGAUUGGUUGUCUCUUCUCCCUGUAAGGUACACUGCUGCUGUGGAGGGGGGCCGGUUGUCUCCUCUCCCUGACACUCACCCUGCCGCUGGGGAAGGAGGUCGCUGCUCUCCUCUCCCUGUGACUCGGUCUGCCACUGGGGAGAGAGACCGGUUGUCCACAGCCCCAAUCUCCAAAAUCUGAACUCACAUUCCCGUGCUGCUCGGGUCUCCUCAUCCAAUUCGUGCAUUAUUCGGACAAUCACCUCUUCCCGAAGGAUCUGGGCCAUAACUGCCUGUUUACCUCCGCAAUGUAAGCAUCGCCCUCAUAGCAAUACGUCAUGUUUGCUUGGCCCCCACUCAAAGGCCACUAGCGCUUUGAUCCACACCUAUUGGAUUCCUCUGUAGACAGGGACACUGCACGAGUGCUAGCGUUGCCAUCAAUUGUAGCUCCGUAACGUUACCAGUGUCUCCUUGCACUAGGACGCCAUCCCAUCUCUUGCCACCAAAUGUGACGGUCCAACCCUCUCUGACCGUCUUGGGUUCCCUUUCUCCCAGUAAUUAGGGAAUAAUCCUUCCAGGCAGAGUGUAGACACAAGCAUAGCACAACCCUCACACAUGAGCCGAGGUUUAAUGCUGGGUAGAGAUCUGUUUAAUGGCACACAAAGCAACAGUAUUCAUGCAGUAAAACCACUCCUCCUCUGAGGAAAACAAAAUGACAGUUAUUGGGUCAGACGGUGUUUGAAUGUGACAGCUAUUGGGUCAGACGGUGUUUGAAUGUAACAGUUAUUGGGUCAGACGGUGUUUGAAUGUAACAAGGUAUUAAGGGUUUAACUGAUGUUCUGGGGGAGGGGGGGGGAAUAAAACAGUCAAACUAAGUCCAUAAAACAGGGGUUUUCUUCACACACCCCAAGGUUCAUAGUCACAGGGCAGGAGGCUGGCAAGCAGGCCUCUCCAAAACCCAGUGGCGAGGUUACUUUCGCCACACUUGUGCACUAUCCCAAAUCCCUAUGCAAGUUUCAAUAACUGGAGAUUUUUAGUAUCACUCCAAUGGCCAUUAAGGUAUAAACUCACCAGAGAAUACAGUGAACCUCAGGGGAGGAUUUCUAUUAGAUAUGAAUACAUGCCUCCAAUAAUUAUUGAUAUCUUCUCCCAAACCUUUCCCUACUAUUUUCCAUGCCUCUCUUUCUACUUGUUUCGGAUCUCCCCACUCCUCCUCUCUAUAUCAGUUAGAGGAAGCCAUGAAACUUGUCACCGAUUCAGUCACAGCUGGGAUCUUCGGUGACCUGGGAUCAGGGAGCGGGGUGGAUCUGUGCAUUAUUACCAGAGAAGGGGCCCGCAGUCUGCGUGGAUACACUAACGCUGAGACCAAGGGAAAGAGGUACAGUUCUCUUCUGUUACUCUGCUGUCUGUGAGUGUAUUUUGUGAGUCCGUGUAAAGCGGCUGGGUGAAAAAAACUAUAUAACCAGCAGCUGCAUUGGGUGUUAAGAUAACAGAGUAAGGUGGAGUGUUUCUUGUAACAAUCAAGACAAACUAUGGAAACUUUAUCCGAAUAUUUUCAUUAAUCUGUUCUCUAGAAAGUGCUAUUUAUAAAACAAAAAGAAAAUGAGUUUUUUCCCUUGUGCAGCCAUAUACAAGUUAGAUCCCAUAACUUUUACACACAACUGAUUUUAUCUCAGUGUGCCAUCAUGUUGUGUGUAGAUUGCUUUUCAAGAACUCCUAAAAUAUUAAAAGUACCUUUUUACAGCGUUUACAUUUUUCAUUUCAUUUACUCAUCCUUUGAAGAAAUAAUGCUUAUAAUUUAUAUUGUAUUCUCUGUCUUGCUGUACAAAACUCUACCAAGGAAUUUGCUGGAAUUUUUGAAAAUGCAGAUUCCCAAAAUACAAGCAUAAUUCCAACAUUGUUAGCCGACAGGAUAAUGGUAUAAAGGCAAACGUCACAGACAUCUUCGAGUGAUUUCCAAUAGAUAUUUAUGCAAAUGAGAGAUAAUAUUGAUCUGAUAAUAAGUAUAUCCCCUUGUAGGUAUCCAAUAGGCCAGAAUAAUGUAAUGAACUUGCGUGUUUGUAGUAAAUAUGGGUCAUAUGCUAUCCUAAUAUAUACAUGUAACCUUUUCGUUGCUCUAGGCUAGCAUCUUACCGUUACCCUCGAGGAGCCACAGCUGUGAUGGGUGAAACAGUUAGACAUCUAGAACUUGUGGAAGAAACAGUCCAGAUAAUGGAUAUAGAAUAAACAUGCUAAGGACAUAUUAACAGGAUGAUUAAAACCAUGCUUGCAAAUGCUUAUAAUCAAGGACAUUACUAACAGACUAUGGGUCUAUUCACUAUAUCAUUUGACUCAAUUAUCCUGUAUUCGGUUGUUUACAUUUCUAUUUGGCUUCCUGUAUGCAUUAACUAUCAAAUGUAAAAUCAUUUGAAAAUAGCCGAAGUGAAUUGCAAUCAAAUGGCAGAUAAGGAGAUAGAGGAAGACAGGUUUUAGGCACAGUCAUUGGUUAUUAACUAGACUUGUAGUGAAACUAAAUUGCUAAAAGAGCUGUGGCUGUACCGGUCAGCACUUUUUGCCCAAAGUUUGCAAUUUGGUUUUAAAUUCACUAUAAUACAUUAUUUAGCAAAUAAACAAUGACACGGUAGCAGAGAACAUCUAAGCUAAUCACUGUUUUGGAAGGGAACAAGCUGCCAUACACACCAAAUUCAUUGCUAUCACUUUCUUGCUAGCUUAACAGGAACUCUCCAAUGUUAAACCAAUGCUCAGUGCUCUAACUUUGAGAGUGGUCCUUUAAACCUAACAGUAUCAAGCGCCCCCCAAAGCAGCAGCUAAAGGGUUCUCCCCUCUGGAUAAAAAGGCAUGCAUUUAAUCUUUUUAUCCAGCGGUGACUCCUCUCUGCCCUGAAGGGACCGUCAGAUAUGAUAGUCUUCCCUUUAUGUCCGGUGAAAAUUGGCACAGGCACAGCAAGUGCACCAAUCAAAUGCCUCUUAUAAGAAAGUAUUAACACAUUACAGGGUCUAUAUUUGGUUCAGUCUGAACCUAUUUCAUAAACUCCUGUCCAGCAAUGGUUCAUAGGUCAACUAGUUAUAGGUGCAGUUACACUCACCACAUACAACAGAAUGUCUCUAUAAACAGAUAUCACUUGGCACAGCCUGGUUCAGUUUUAUAUGACUGGCAAAUGCUGAAUGUGUGUGCUUGUGGUUCCCUGUCCGGAGAGAGAAAGAUUAGUCUGUAUUUUGUGCGCAACCUGUUAAGGCUGCGCACACAGUUUGGACAAAACUAGCACAGGCAAUCCGGAACAUAGAAUUUUUACUGUUUGAUUGACAGUUCUAUUGGGAGGUGUUACAGCUGCAGCAAGUUUUCACAUUGCUGCACUGAGACUGUAAUAGAAAUGAAAGUAUAUGUACUCUCUGCACUAUGAACCAUGCAGCAGCAAGGUAUGACAAUGCUUAGAGGGAACCCUUUAAUGCUGCCUGCUUAGCAGAUGUGGUUAGUGAUUUUUUCAUGAAACUAUGAGUUGUAGUCUAUUGAAAUCCAAAUGGAAAAAUCUAGACUAGAAUAGCCGAGCUUUAACUACUGUAGAUGUGUUUUUCAGAUCAGCUAUUUAUGCCUAAAUGUUGACAUUCAUAUUUUAAAGGAUCACUAUAGUGUCAGAAAAACAAAUCGGUUUUCCAGACACUAUAGUGCCCCCACUCUCAGGGUCCCCCUCCCGUGGUGCUGAAGGGGUUAAAACCCCUUCAGUUACUCACCUUCUUCCACCGCUGAACUCCCUUACCUCUCCUCCCCUGCCGACAUCAGCUCCCCCGUCUGACGUCAGUGGAGCAGUAUGCGCAUGCGCGGCAGUGCCGCACGUGCAUUCAAAGUGUCCAUAGGAAAGCAUGGCAGAUGCGCCUCUAGUGACUGUCUGGAAGACAGCCACUAGAGGCUGGCUUAACCCCAAAUGUAAACAUAGCAGUUUCUCUGAAACUGCUAUGUUUACAGCAGGCAGGGUUAACCCUAGAGGGACCUGGCACCCAGACCACUUCACUGAGCUGAAGUGGUUUGGGUGACUUUAGUGUCCCUUUAAUUCUCUAAAAUUCUGAAUUUAGUGGAUAAAUCCCAUAAUGAUAUUGUUACUGUAAUGGUUACUGGAAGAAAUGCACUCAAAGAAAAUGCAAUUCCUGACUUGGGCUAAUUUCACAGCGGUGACAAUUGCUGUUUGGGAUUAUAAAUGUGUCUCUGGGUUCGACAAUAUUUUUUAUUCUUUCUAUUAAAUGUUAAUGUCCAAAAUACGAGUGUUUUACUUAAGAGCACGGAAGCCUUCAGCAGACGUACCAUACGUAGAACUAAAUUAGAACUUGCAAUGGUGAUAUUUCCCACGAUAUUGCCUGACUCCUAAGCACUAUCAUGGUCCUGUGUCUUUAGUAGCGCUCAUUUUUGUAAUGUAUAUUUUGUUUGCACUACUGGUGUUUGCGGUUUAGGUUUUUUUUUCUAAGAAAUGAAAAUAGGCUUUGCCAUUUGGAUGCUAUAAUAAAUUGAUUCUAUGCCAAGGCUUGCAGCAAUAAUAAAUGUGUUACAGGAA